ACAAUCUUAUGAUUAACACUUAGUUGAAUGACAAAAAUGUAACUACUUUAUAUAUCUUGUCUGUUGCAGUCAAAGCUGGAGGUAUGAGAGUUUCUAAAAAACAAGAAAAUGGAGCUUCUGAGAGAAAUCCCAAAAAUCCAGUGAAAGAGAAGAUAAGCUCAGUUGCUAGUAUUGCAAAAAUGCAAAACAUGGGAGUUCUGCUAGCAGGUGCACUGGAGAGAAUCGGCCAUAAAUUUCCUGCAGCAGUAUUACAAGUAGCUCAUCAAAAGCCACGACCCGCCCUGGAGAAGAUUACACUGCCUAAAAGAAUUUACCUUAUUCAGCAGCCUCGCAAAUGUUAAAUAUGUUCAGUAAAAGAUUAAUGUUUACUUAACAGUAGGUUCCUAUUCUAAAUAGCACAUACUAGCAGCUUGUGGUAGAAGGACCAAAACUUGUUGAAAUUGGUUUGCUUACUGAAGUGUCCCAUAUGUUUCUUCUAUUUUCUAACAAUAAAAUACUCUAUAAUAUUUA